AUGCAUUGGCUUUUCAAUUUAUUUCUGUUCCUUGCCACCCCUGCGGUUGCGCUAAAGAGGACAGGUCAUAUCAGCGGUGACUAUGUGAAUCCGAUUGUCAACCUUGGUGCUUCAGGUACCUACAGGGGAGUUCUUCAAAACAAUGGAACUGUUCAAUCCUGGAAAGGAAUUCCAUAUGCCGAACCUCCUCUUGGAGAGCUACGUUUUAUGCCUCCCGGUCCGCUACCUCUACAAAGUCAGGAGGUAAUGAAUGCAACCACUGAUCCUGAGCGCUGUGUCCAGUUUACGCUUGCCCCGUAUGGGGUUCACAAUGCUUAUCUUGGCCCAGGCUCACCCGGAACAGAGGAUUGUCUCAAGUUGUACGUAUGGAAGCCAACCAAGGCAAAGCGCGGAGACAAUCUUUCAGUCCUUGUCUAUGUUCAUGGUGGUGGACUCAUAUUUGGAGAUGGGUCCCAAGAUGAUUUUGGGGACUGGGUUGCCCAAGAUCAAGGCUUCAUCGCAGUGAACAUGAACUAUCGUCUUGGAAUGCUUGGAUUUAUGAAUCAUCAUGGCCUUCCAUCGGCGAAUGCUGGUCUUUUAGACCAACGCAUGGCCAUGGAAUGGGUCAAGAAGAACAUAGCCGCAUUCGGUGGCAACCCCCAUGACAUUACCAUUAUGGGCCAAUCUGGUGGGGGAUGGGCGAUCGCAGCCCAAUUAGGUUUAUAUAACGGUGAUAGAAAAGGAGCAUUCCAAAAAGCCAUAUUGCGCUCCUCUCAGCGAGAGCCAAUGUUCAAUACCGAAGAAUUAAAACUCCGCAAUGCUGCAUUGGCCGAAGAACUCAAUUGCACAGGUACUGAGCAGCUGGCCUGCUUUCGAAACGUUUCCGUGCCUGUUCUCGUUGAUACAUUCCAGACCUUCUCAAGCGUACUGGGAAAAGAGGGGGUCUUCGCGGGCAAGGUAUUCGGGUAUCAAGGAAGUUUUGGACCAACAAUCGAUGGCGUGACGUUGACGGACUCUGUUACGCGCCUCUUUGAGGAGGGAAAGACCGCCAACGUGCCUACUAUUGCUGGUAGUACGUCUGAUGAAGGUUUCAACGGCUAUACGAAUGCCACGCAAGAGAAUCCGACACCACAAAAUACGACAAAACUCGAUCCCAGCACUAAUAGGCUUACCAAUCUCACCGAUUCCCAAGUUUUUGAAAUUGCCUCAUUCUAUCCGGUAAAUGGAAGUUACGGCUCAGUGUCACCCGACAAUUUCUUCCUGGAUGUCUUUAAAGCAUACUGGAUGGCCUUCGGCCUUUUCGGAGAUGCCGGAAUCUUUGGCUCAGAGCGUAUGGUCGGUAGGUGGAUGAGCGAAGCGCACGGGUCGACGAAUAUCUGGACAUACCGCUUCAAUGCGCCUCCCGUUGGUACAAACUACAGUGGAAUUUAUCCACUCGCCCCGGCCACACACAGCUCGGAUAACAGCUACCUCAGCACGCCCCUCGCUUCAAUGAAAGACUUCGAGUGCGCUAUUGCUGUCGAGUUCCGUGCAUACCUGUCAUCUUUUAUUCGUACUGAUGAUCCAAAUAACAUGAAACUGCCGAGUGCGCCGCAUUGGCAUAACUAUGGUGUGCUUGGGGAUUUCGUGAAUUCCCCAGUUCGGUUGGUUCCACAAUUUGCAUUCAGCAGCAAUGCCAACAAAAGCUAUCCAACAAGUACGCAGCUUGAAGUCGCGCCGAAGGCAGGCAUCGAAAGAGCUGACUUUUGGCAAUCUGACCGUGUCCUGGACUCAAUUAGAUUCUGA